GUCGCGGCCGGGUGUCGGGUCUGCGCGCUGCCAUUCGGCGGUGGGUCGGCGCGGGCGGCGGAUGGUGCCGGCGGCGGCUCUCGGUCGCUGGCGGGGGACGGAAGCUGGAGCCGGCCGCGAACGCCUCUCCUUCCCCCGGCCCUCCCGUUCCACCUUCUCCGCGCGCUCUCGUCGCGCCCCGCCGCCGUCUGCUGUGAGCCGGCGGCGCCGUACGAUGUGAGCGGUCGCGGGACUCGGCAGCGCCCCCGGUGCCCACGACGCUGGGGCGGGCAGCGAUGGCCGGAGCCCGGCGUGGGAGCAGCCGCCGAUAAGAAGCGCCGGGGGCAGCCGGGCGGCGGCGCGGAGACUCCCCGGGGCCGGGAAGCGCCGCUCCCGCCCCGCCCCCUCCCCUCCUCCCCCGCGGCUGGUGCAUGCGGGGCGCCGGGGGCAGCGCUUGGGUCCUUCCCCCGCCGAAGAGCGUGAGCCGCUCGAGGCCGCACCCCCCACCAUGUCCUCGUCGUCCAGCUCCUCGCAGACCCCCCCGUCCCACCACCAGCCUCCACCGCAGAGGAUGAGGCGCGGCGCCGCCGGGUCCCCCACCGCUGGUGGCGGCACGACCGGGGGCCCCAGCAACGGGGGCGGCGCAGCGGGGAGCAGCCGCUUGCUGCAGCCCAUCCGAGCCACCGUCCCCUACCAGCUCCUGCGGGGCAACCAGCACAGCCCGACCCGCUCUCCCUCCGCCUCGGUGGGCAGCAACACCGGGCCGGGAGGGGGGCGAGGCGGCAGCCCGCCGCCCCCCAGCGCCACGCCGCCGUUGUCGGCGGGAGGCGGCGCGGCCGAGGCGGGCAGGGUGAAGGGCCGGCAGCGGCGCUCGCCGGACAGCGGCGGCAGCAGGAGGAGCAGCUCACCUGAGAGACGCAGCCCCGGCUCCCCCGUGUACAGAGUGGACAGGCCAAAAUCCCAGCAAAUCAGAACUUCUGGUACCAUAAGGCGAACUUCUUCUUUGGACACAAUUACAGGACCUUACCUCACAGGACAGUGGCCACGUGAUCCGCACGUACACUACCCUUCAUGUAUGAAAGAUAAAUCUACUCAGACACCAAGCUGUUGGGCUGAAGAAGGAGCAGAAAAGCGAUCACAUCAGCGCUCAGCAUCAUGGGGAAGUGCUGAUCAACUAAAAGAGCAGAUUGCCAAAUUGAGACAGCAGCUUCAGCGCAGUAAGCAGAGCAGUCGUCAUGGUAAAGAGAAAGAACGUCAGUCACCUCUCCAUGGCAACCAUAUAGCAAUCAGUCAGACUCAGGCUUCUAUUUCCAGAUCAGUCCCUAUGCCACUGUCAAACAUUUCAGUGCCAAAAUCAACUGUUUCACGUGUGCCAUGUAAUGUAGAAGGAAUAAGCCCUGAACUGGAAAAAGUGUUCAUUAAGGAAAAUAGUGGAAAAGAAGAGAUAUCCAAGCCGUUGGAUAUCCCUGAUGGUCGAAGGGCCCCGCUACCUGCUCACUAUCGUAGCAGUAGUACACGAAGCAUUGACACUCAGACUCCGUCUGUCCAGGAGCGCAGCAGCAGCUGCAGCAGCCAUUCACCAUGUGUGUCUCCCUUUUGCCCUCCUGAAUCUCAGGAUGGGAGUCCUUGCUCAACAGAAGACUUACUCUAUGACCGUGAUAAAGACAGUGGGAGUAGCUCACCGUUGCCCAAGUAUGCCUCAUCUCCCAAACCAAACAACAGCUACAUGUUCAAACGAGAGCCCCCAGAGGGAUGUGAGCGAGUGAAGGUCUUUGAGGAAAUGUCGUCUCGUCAGCCUGUCUCAACCCCUCUCUUUUCAUGUCCUGACAAAAACAAGGUUAAUUUCAUCCCAACCGGAUCAGCUUUCUGUCCUGUGAAACUUCUGGGCCCCCUACUUCCCGCUUCAGACCUGACACUGAAGAACUCUCCAAACUCCAGUCAAAGCACAGCUUUGAGCAGCCUGACUGUUGAGCAGCUUUCGUCUCGGGUCUCUUUCUCAUCUCUGUCAGAUGACACCAGCACAAUGGACUCUACAGAGGUCUUGGUACAGCAACCAUCCCAGCAGCAGCAGCAGCCUCUUCUGCAAGAAAUUCAGACUGAAGAGCAUUCCUCUCCUCAGAGCUAUGCGCUAAUCUAGACCGAGGUGUGGAGCAGGCCUCUGCCCCAAAGCAAGAUUGAGGAGGUAACAGUUCAGUUCAGAUACAUCUGCAUGAGGUGGCAACCUUUCAGAACAAAAUGCAGUACUUAGCAGCAUUCUGAAAAAUAUCUCAACGCUGUUCUUGGCAGGGACAGAAUCCAUAUUCAGCAUCUUUUGUGAGAAAGCAGUGAUGCCUGCAGAAUCCAUAUAUCAUUAAGCGUUUUAAGUGGAGACUAUGCAUUUCAUAGUAUGUUUGACCAGAUUAGUACUGUGUCCUGUGUUCUGUUUCAAAUUCUACAGUAUAAAUAAGCUCUAUAUAUAUAUAAAAAAAAAAGAAAAAAAAGUUGCCUGUCUGAAUAGAAAAUGUCUUGCUGUGUUGUGUCCUAUGGAAAAUACUGUACUUCAGGAUUAUGUUUACAAUUGAUCCAGGUGUUUAUGUUUCUAACUUCUGUAAUACACACAAUGCAAAAAAAAAAAAAAAAAAAAAAAAGAAAAAAAAAAUGGCCACAGCAGUUGCACAGUGCCCACCCUAUGGCCUAGCUUCAGGUACUUCUCUCGAAGUGUAAACUCAGGUAACUUGGAAUGUAUAUCAUAUUGGGAUAUUAAAUAUUUUACAGCUACAAAGCUAAAGAGGGAACAUCACUCUUUUGCCUUUCCUUAUUUUAUGCAUUAAUAUUUCCUCAUUACAUUCCACUUUCUUGGAAUAAGUGCAUUCAGCUCCAGGUGAAUGGUGACCCUGGACGUGGGUGAACGUGAGGAGAACCAGCAAAUCUGUGAUGAAUAUCACUUUGUCAUGUGCUUACAAGCAAAAAAAAAAAAACAACUGUUGCAUUCACUGUCAUUUCAAUAUAUGUAAAAUGUGG